AGGCGGAAGUGACGGUGAGAAACAUGGCGGUGCCCUUUUUAGACACAUUUGACACAGACAGUAUUUCAGUGUCAUCAUUGAUAGUUUAGAUGUGACGUGUUUUUUCAUGACGGCAGCCGGUGUGAGAAUGUGGCCGAGCAGCAAAGCGGCGGCUCUGCGGCUCCUGAAGCUGCGGCAGCUGCGGAGGAGCAGCACCGCUGUGCGGCGGCUCUGCGGCUCUCUGUCACCCGCAGCUCCACCAGCGUGGAGGCUCCUGUUCUUUGGCUCUGAUCACUUUGCUCUGGAGUCUUUAAAACUGCUCACAGCCAACAACAGGAGCUCCGCAGGGAAGAUAGUGGAGUCUCUUGAAGUGGUCACUCUGUCUCCUGAUGUCCCAGUGACCAGGUUUGCCCAACAGAACCAGCUGGUGGUCCACAGUUGGCCCCCGGACAAUGUGGAUGGACAGUUUGAUGUUGGGGUGGUGGUGUCCUUUGGCUGUUUACUCCACGAGGGACUGAUCAACAAGUUUCCUUAUGGGGUUUUGAACGUUCACCCCAGCCUGCUGCCACGGUGGCGCGGUCCCGCUCCAAUCUUCCACACCAUUUUGCAGGGCGACGCUGUGACGGGCGUGAGCAUCAUGCAGAUCCGCCCUCACAGGUUCGACGUCGGCCCCGUUCUCAACCAGACGCUUCACCGUGUUCCUGACACCUGCACUGCGGACGAGCUCGGAGCCGCUCUGGCGACCAAGGGAGCCAAGCUGCUGAUGGAAACGCUGGCGACUCUGCCCCAGAGACUGGCUCAGAAAAUGGAGCAAAGAGAGGCGAGUGCAACGUUUGCCCCAAAAAUCCACUCCUCUCUGAGCUGGGUGAUGUGGGAGGAUCAGACCUGUGACCAAAUCCAGCGACUGAACCGAGCCAUCGGGUCACGGAUGCCUCUGAGGACCACGUGGAAGGGCACCACCAUCAAACUCCUGGAGUUAGUGGGAAAAUGUCACGUUUCAUUAUCAGAUCCAAACAGAAAACCUGUCCCCGGCUCAGUGACCUACCAGAGAGAGUCCAACACUUUAGCCGUCUGCUGUAAGGACGGCUGGGUGGGAUUCAAGGCAGUGCUCCUGAAAAAACGACUGACAGCUGCUGACUUCUAUAACGGCUACCUGCAGCAGCAGCAGCAGCAACAGCAGCAGCAGCAGCAGCAGCAGCAGCAGCAGCAGCAGCAGCAGCAGCAAGCAGCUGACGGACUGUUCAUCAGCAGGAGAAGUGAAACUAAAGUGAAUCACAUGAGAGGAAAGUUGGCGUCGUGAUGUGACCACAGAGAUUGAUUUCCAGCGCCGAUGUCACCUGAUGGAUCCACUGUGUCUCUGUCGUGACUGUCUGUUUUAAGACAUCUGCGUCUGCAGCACGUUCACUGCAUCACAAACGCCGGGCGCAGUGUCGACGUUUGGCCUGCAGAUGAUGCUGCUUUUUAUUUUUGUUGUUUUUGUGGCAGGGACACAAAGACCCAAAAAUCCGGCCUUUCUUUGAAGAAUCACAAAUUCAAUCAUACCCAGCCGUGAAGUGACAUGAAUGCUUUCAGAGGGAUUUUUAGCCUCUUAUUCAAUCAGAACAUUAUACGUCUAUAAACGUUGACGCCGAUAAAUCAUUGCGUCUCAUGUUUUACUGUAUUUAAAGUGCAACCUUGCAAUUAAAUAAUAUUGUGUGGACUGA